AUGGGAGGGGGAGCCAUGGCUCUGACGACGGAAUUUGGCGAGACGAGCGUGGACGAUCUACGAAUGCCACAGUACGACACCGUGUUCAUCCACCCUUUGACACUCUUCCCAGCUCCAUCCCAGCUGCAGCGUCCCGCGUGCGACCCAAAAGAAGAGAGAAAAGGCCAACAACCUGCGCGGUAG